ACUUUAUCGACAAAGACUAGAAUUUCUCUAAAACUGUAUAUUCAAAAUUAAAAUAUGCAUUUAAAAAAUUUCCUGUGCUGCGUGCCCCUUGAAUGGGGCGUCAUGUUCUUGGGCCUUACCUAUGGUAUCACCUAUUUUAUCCUCGGCACUACCGGAUUGCAGAUGGUGUUCGAGGGGAAAUACCACGAGUAUCUAAUAUGGUUUUUUCGCAAAAUGCCAAUCAAUAGCUGUGUGGCGGUAGGCUCCAUCGUCUUAUACUUCAUGGGGGUCAUUAACCUUUUGUUGGCCUACGGCGCCCACUCAAACAAUGACAUUCUCGUUGGGAUAUGGCUGCUCGUGCACUUUAUGUUGUUUAUGCUCACCCUAUACACCGCGCUGAUAAGUUUCUAUUUGUUCCUAAAUAUCGCCGCCAUCGGCUAUUCCAUGUAUGUGGUAAAGUCCUUUUAUGAGGCUUUGAACUCAGCUUUGGACUCGGACUCGGACUCGGAUGAUGAGGAAUCGAGUGAGGAAGACAUCUAAAUUAAG